AUGGCUUCUAAUCCGAUUGAAAAAUAUCCUUUAAAACGUCGUAAGGAUCAUGUAAAUCGAAAUUUUCAACUUUUCGAUGAUAUUAAUAAAUCAACUAGUAAAAAAAUUUCUUCAAAAUUCGAAAUAAUAAAACCAAAUAUUCGUAAACCUGAAUUUAUUCUUAGUAUACAUCAUAAAGAAAGUCUUCAUAUUGAUAAUGGUCUACGUCCAUUAAUGUCUUUAUUAAAAGAACAUAAAGGCAAAGAAAUUCAUCAAUCUGAUCCACGUACAUCACUUCAUAUAAAAGGUUUAGAUAAUAUUUAUUAUAAAACUCGUAAACCAUUACAAACACAUGAUGUAUGUAAACGUUUUAAACCAGGUAUGCCUGUAUGGCUUUAUUUUAAAACAACAUGUGAAAUAUUAAAUGAUAAUAUAUAUUCAAAUGAAAAUGAAAUUAUUGAUUAUACACCUAAAGAACGUCUUCAUUAUGGUUAUCGUGGUCGUCUUCAACGUGAACAAUUAAAAAUUAAACAAAAUAAACAAAAACAAAUAAAUUCUUCAAUAACAUCUGAUCCAUUAUUAAAUUUAACAUCAAUACGUAAAAAUGCACCAUUAUCAACAAUAUGUCAUAUAGUAACACUUGGUUCAUUCCUUGAUUGUGGAACAUAUAUUGCACAUACAUCAACAUUACCAGAUAUUGAUAAAUUUGAAAUUGAAUUUCGUACAAUACCACAAUCAAUUUAUUUACGUUCAAUUAAAAAUCAAGAUUAUUUAAAUACAAAUGAUGAUUUACUUUAUAAUAAAAUACUUUAUUCUGUAUUAAUACCACAUGAUAAUAUUGAAUCAUAUAUAAUAAUUAAUCAUCAAGAUGAUUUUAUUGAUAUAUUUAUUCCAUUAUUAUAUACUAUUAAACCAAUACAAGAAAUUGAAUUAGAUGAUUUAGGUACAAGAAAACGAACACGUGCAACAAGAUUUCAUCGAUUUGAUACAAAACAUAUUGCACAAUCAUCAGUUAUUCAUGUACGAAUACCAUUAUUAAAUACAAGUAGUAAAAUGAUUAAUGAUUUAGCUAGUAAAUUACUUGAAAAUAAUAUUAAAAUUUUAUAUGGAAAUAUAAAAAUUAUCUAUCUACCAAAUGAUUAUAUUAAUUCAUAUGAAAAUUUACAAUUUGGAAAUUAUCUUUGUAAUUAUGCUUGGCAUAUGCUUAUGUCACUUGGUUAUCGUCUAAAAGAUAAAUUGACUGAUGAAUUCGUAUCAAAAUUAGUCGAUAUUUCAAAUGAUUCAUCAUUAUUUUAUCAUGCAUUACGUGAUUUAUGGAAAACAUGUAAAGAUAAUCGAUUUUUGGAUAUUUAUAUAACAUUAUCAAAUAAUGCAAUAAAAUAUUCUGAUAUUGGUGCUCGUUGGUUAUUUGAUUGUACAACACCAAAUUAUUGUUAUGUUCCACGUGUUAUUGUAACACCAACACAAAUUUUACCACAACCAAUGCGUCCAAUGAAAGAAAAUCGUGUUUUACGUGGUGGAAGAUUUGGUUCAUCAUUUGCAUUUUGUCGUGUUUUAUUACGUGAUGAAGAUCUUGUUACAAUGUCAGCUGAAACAGUUGAACAAUGUCGUGAACGUAUAUUAGAUUUAAUAAAACAAGAUUUAACAAUAGCACAAACAGAUUAUGAAUAUCUUCAUUGUUCAAAUUCACAAUUACGUGAUCGUUCAUUUUGGUUUUAUAAACCAAAUAAUGGUAAUACAGCUGAAACUAUUCGACAAUGGAUGGGUAAUUUUCGUCAUGAAUAUUCUGUUUCAUCAUAUGUUACACGUAUGGCAUUGUGUUUUACGGGUUCAAUUAAAACAUUUACUAUACAAAAAUUAACUGAAAUCGAAGAAAUUCCAGAUAUAAAAACAAUCGAUGGACGAUAUGUUUUUACAGAUGGUAUUGGAAAAAUCAGUGAAUCAAUGAUGAGACGUGUUUUUGAAGCAUUGGAUCUUAAUCAAACAACAGGUUAUUUACCUUGUGCACUUCAAAUACGUAUGGCAGGAAUCAAAGGUGUUUUAGUUAAAGCACCUGAUCUUGGUUCACGUGAAGUUAUUCAAGUUCGUCGAUCACAAAUGAAAUUUGAAUGUGAUCAUUAUGAUCUUGAAGUAAUUGAUUAUUCAAAACCAUGUAAUUUAACAUUAAAUCGACAAGUUAUAACAUUACUUUCAUCACUUGGUGUACAAGAUAUUGCUUUUUUACAUAUACAAAAUGAAGCACGUCUACGAGCAACAAUGGCUUUACUUAAAUGUCGUGAAGCUAUGAGUUUAUUGGAUAAAGUUAGAUUUUUUGAAUUUGAAAAAAUUAGUAAUUCAGGAAUUGAUAUAUCUCAAGAACCAUUUUUUCGUUCACUUUUAAUUGCUGCUUUUCGUGAUCGAUUACGUUGUUUAAAACAACGUUCAAAUGUUUCUAUACCAAGAGCAUAUGGACGAGCUAUGUUUGGUGUAAUUGAUGAAAGUCGAACACUUCAGUAUGGUGAAGUAUUUAUUCAACAUACAUCAAAUAGUCAACUUGAAUCAGAAAUUGUUCUUGGUUAUGUUGCUGUUACAAAAAAUCCUUGUUUAUAUCCUGGUGAUAUUCGUGUAUUAAAAGCUAUUGAUAUUCCACAUCUACAUCAUUUACAUGAUUGCAUUGUUUUUCCUUGCAAUGGUCAUCGUCCACAUACAAAUGAAAUAUCUGGUUCUGAUCUUGAUGGUGAUGUGUAUUGGGUUUGUUGGUUACCAGAUAUUGUACCUAAUCCUGAAAAUCAAAUUGAACCAUUAGAAUAUGAUAUAACAGAAAAAAAACUUCUUGAUCAUGCAAUAACAAUUGAUGAUGUAGCUGAUUUUUUAAUUGAUUAUAUGGCUAAUGAUUUUCUUGGUGAAUUAUGUAAUGCACAUUUAGCUUGGGCUGAUUUAGAAUUAGCAACAAGUCCACGUUGUAUUGAAUUAGCACGUGAUAUAGCUGCUGUUGUUGAUUACCCUAAAACUGGUAUUAAUCCAGUUAAUGAUGAAAAACGUCGUGAAUUAAAAGCACCACGUUAUCCUGAUUUUAUGGAAAAAGAAUUACGUACAUAUUCAAGUCGUAAAGUACUUGGAAAAAUGUAUCGUCAAGCACGUUGUGCAUAUGAUUUACAUGUUCAAUUAGAAUAUCUUGAUGAAAAACAUUUUAUUGAAAUUGAUGAAACAUUAUUAUUUGAUGGUUUUGAAUCUUAUUUAGAUGAUGCUAAACGUCAAUAUCAUUUAUAUUGUAAUAAAUUACAACAAAUUCUUGAUUUAUAUGAUUAUAGUACAGAAGCUGAAUUAAUAACUGGUUGUCAACCAUUAUUUAUUGAUGAAAAACGUUCAUAUGAUGCAGCUGAUGUUGCUGGACAAGAUUUUAAACGUUUACGUACAGAUACACGACGAGAAUUUUUAAAUGAAUUUAUUCGUUAUAAUGAUAAAUAUCAACAACAACAACGUAAACGUGAUCGUGAUCAUGAUAUAACAUUAAUAUCAUCAGAUUUUAAUAUAGCUCGUAAACAAUUACAAAAAGCAUCAGCUUGGUAUUAUAUUGCAUAUACAGAAGAAAAUGAUGAUCAUGAACAAUUAAUUAAAUCAAAAUCAUUUGCAUGGAUAAUGUGGGAUUUUUUAUGUGAAAUACGUUCACGUAAAGAACGUAUACAUCAUUUAUCAUCACGUACAAUAUCUGAAGCAUUAAAAUCAUAUUAUAUAACAAUGACAAAUGUUAAAUCACGUCAUAUAGCAAAUUAUGAAAAAGCACGAACAAAUUUAUAUAAAUAUUUAUUAGAAGAUGAAUGUGAACAUUUAUUUGAACCAGCUUAUUCAUUUCUUAAUAUACCAGAUUUAACUGGUACACGUGUACGUGUUAUUAUUGAUUCACAUAAUCAUUUAAAUAAAUCAAAAACAAUAAUUAAUUUAAAUAAACAACAAUAUGAUAUUGUACCAUUAAAUAUAAAUAAAAUAAAAUUAUUUAAUAAAGCAAAUAGAUUUUAUUUUAAAUUAUUAAUGCAACAACCAGCUAUUGCAACUGUUUUAGAAAUAGCAAUUGAUUGGGCAGCUAAACAUCAAUGUUUUACAAGAAUGGAUAGAGAAGGAAAUAAAAUUCUUGUUUUAAAACCAGAAAUGUUUUUUGAACGAGCACUUAAAGCUUUAUUUAAAGAUGUUCCAACUUGUUAUUUACCAUCAUUUGAUGAUGAUAAUGAUAAUGAUAAUGAUAACGAUCGACAUGAAGAUAAUCAUAUGAAAAUUAUUAAUGGAUCAAUUGAAGAUGAUACAAUAUCAUCUUCAUCAAAUGAUGAAUAUUCAAUUAAAGUUACAAAUAAACAAUUAAAUAAAGAUUUAUUUUUAACUUAUGAACAAUGGACUAAUUAUAUGAUUGAUAAAUGGGAUUUUCAAGCAAUAGCAUACAAUUUUCAAAAAUUAAUUCGUGUUUGUAAUGAUGAAAAAGAUAUAUGUUUUCUCAAUGUUUGUCAUGUACUUUUAUUGGCAUUACAAAAGAUUGGUAUUACUCGAAAUCUUGAUAAUGCACCUAUUGAUCUCAAAGAUUCACUUGUUUAUCGAUUGGAUCAACCAUUAAAUCGAAAUCGUCCAUCAUCUGUAUUAAAUGAAAGUGUAUCAAAACCAGAAUCACUUCCACCAGAAUAA